UAUUCCUGUACAACCGUACGGUCUCUUGUAAGGUGUGGUUCUCGUAAGAACUAUGCUCUCCUCACUAUCAACAGGUGUUUCAAAUUCUUUUUGAAAAAAAAAAAUUCACCAAAACAUAGACAAACAUUUUUUUUAAAAUAUAAAUAUUCAAAAAACGUGUUAUUGCCGUGAAAGUUUUGCGACCUGCGCAUUGGGAUUAUAGUUUUGAAAUUGAAAUAGAAAAAAAUUAAAGAUUAAAUAUUUGCAAAGAAAAUAAUUGCUCUUCGAAAAUAUUGUGGAUUUUAAUUGUGUGUGUGUAGAUUUUUUUUAUUUAUUAUUAGUGUUUAUUAGUGUUUAUCAGUGUUAAGUGUUAAGGUUGAAUUUGGAAGAAAUUUUCUGAAACUCAUGAUUUUUCGAUAGGUGGAUUAUUUAAAAAAAAAAAGUGUCGAUCUAGUGCGUAUUGAAUUCGGAACUUGGUUUCACUUUGUUUUCACAAAUUUCUCUUCUUUAGACAGUUGUUUUAUUUAUGUAUACAUAUUGAAGGUGUAGAAAAUACGAUCUUUGAAGAAUUAAAGCAUUUUUAGCAACAUCAUGAAAACUCUAAAGAAGUUAUCUCUUUCCAUCUUGCUCCUGGGAAAUCUUGUGCUGCCUACAAUUGUCGUUGGUUAUUCAUCAGGUGCACCAAAGAAAACAUGUUUCUCAAUGGUACCUGGUCAUCCAAAUACAGCAAGACAAAAUUCACCUCCUCCAUAUGAAAUUUGGCCAUCGAGUGCAGGCAAAAGAGUUCGAUUGAUUCUUGGAAGUUCGGAGGGACUUCCAUAUCAGGGCUUUUUUAUUGUUGCCCGUGAUAUUGAUAAUGGACGAUAUGUCGGUGAAUUUUCAAACUUGCCACGUUUAACGAAACACGUUCAAUGCUCCGAAGGUUCUAAUAAUGCUGUAACUCACGUUAGUAAAGAAGACAAGAGGAAUAUGGAAUUUGACUGGCAGGCACCUGAUAAUUACGAAGGAAAUGUUGUUUUCAACUCAACUUUCCUCCAGGACUAUGCUACGUAUUGGAUUGGGGUGGAAUCACCGCGAAUAACAGUCUUGAAAAGUUCCGCCGUUGUGGACACUUCUGCGCCUCAAAUGAAAAAUCCUAGAACGACAACUCCACCUUAUUAUCGUCCAACCCCACUGAAUAUCGACUAUGGCCAAGAUGUAUUCUACGAUGGCUGUGGAACAACUAAAAUUUGUUUUGGAUCUCCGUCUGGUUGUGAGAAGGAAAAAAAUUGUGCUGCUGUUGUAGCUGUUAUUGUUCGUGGUGAACGCUACAUUUUUGAAAUGCAAGGAAAAGAUGCGAGAUAUGUUGCAGUUGGACUGUCCAUGGAUAGUAAAAUGGGAGAUGACAGUGUCGUUGAAUGUGUGGACGAGGGAGGUCGAGUGGGUCUUUACAUGUCUUGGAAUACAGGAAGAAAAAACCAACGAAUUCGCACGCCGGAAGGUGCAGUUCAACUCGAAUCAAGCUCAAUUCGUGAUAAUAUAAUUUCUUGUACAUUUUCAAGAGAUAAAAAGACAAUUAUCAAUGGACAAGAGUUCGACCUUGUUCGCACACCUUAUAAACUUCUCGUAGCAUCUGGAACCGGUGGUGACAGUAACGGUGUUGGAUUUCAUGAUAUUACUUAUUUGCCAUCGUCCGAGGCAAGAUUAUUGUCUGAUGUUGGUGAAAUAAAAGCGGCGAGUAAUAUUUUAUUCCGAAUCCAUGGCGCUCUGAUGUUAGCUUCUUGGAUUGGUACAGCAUCCGUUGGAAUCCUUCUUGCGAGGUAUUACAGACAGACGUGGGUUAGCUCUCAGUGCUGCGGAAAGGACCACUGGUUCGUCUGGCAUCGAUUUUUCAUGAUUCUCACUUGGUUGAUGACACUCGCAGGAUUUAUUGUGAUUUUCGUUCAACUGGGAAGAUGGAGUGAUGAAACAAUACAUGCAUCCUUGGGAUUAGCAACUACAAUCUUGUGUUUCAUUCAGCCUUUUAUGGCGGCCUUGAGGCCUCAUCCGGGCGCCCCACUAAGGUCCGUCUUUAAUUGGGCCCAUUGGUUUGUUGGCAACGCUGCUCACAUCUGUGGAAUAAUUGCCAUUUUCUAUGGAUUCAGUCUUGGAAUAAGAAGCAAUCUGACUCCAGAUUGGGUCAUUUGGAUUGUUGUCGCGUACGUGGUUUUCCACAUUCUGACUCAUCUCUUCCUCACGUUUACUGGCUGUAUCUCCGACAGACAAGGAAGCCAGAGAGUUAAUUCUUUCCCCAUGAAAGAUAUGCAUUCACGUGGGUCCAUGUCGCAUCCAGAUGCCAGGCGGGACGCUCCCAAUUCGGGACUCAGGAAGUUGGUCUUUGGUAUCUACUUUGUCGUAAUCGCCAUCUUUGCAGCGGUGCUCAUAGUAAUAGUCGUCCUGGCGCCAAUUGAGGAUACGUGGAAAACCUGGAUGAAUAAAAUUUAGAUUUAUCUCUUUAGAAUAAAAAGGAGAGAAAACCUAAUAAUGAAAAGACAAACGAGAGAGAAUGAUUCGUCUGUUCGAAUGUUUGCCCCCUUUUUUUUGAGGAAAUCGUAUAAAGAAUAUACAACAAAGAACGAUAAGAAAACAUUUUGAGAAAAUAUCCCUUUUUGUAAGUACUUUUUUCUAAAUUUAUUAUUAUUUUUAUUAUUUUUCUCGUUAUUAUUACUAUUAUUAUUCUUUUUACUGUAGUUUUACUAUAGUAAAAUUAUAUUUCUAUUUUUUGAUAUUUAUUUUUUUUUUUGUUCGAAAUUUAUUGAAUCGCCAAAGUUUACCUUUGAAAAUCUUUAUACGUCUUUUUCCUCGGAUCAAACAAAAUAUCUGGUUUCACGCUAGACUGAUUGUGAAUCGAUGGUUGCCUUGAGAUUUUGCUGAAAAUCAUUGAAACAAUUUUCAGUACAACGAAUUUGUACUUAUAAAAAAAUAUAUAUUAUAUAUUGUAAAAUAUUUUUCAAACAUUUUUAAGCAUUUACAUCGAUAUUACAAUUAAUCAACAUUGGAUAAUAUUAAGGCACACCUUAUUGAUAUUUAUAUGAAUCAAUUUUCUGUUGUUGAUGGAAAUUUGUCAUUUUAUGUGCACAAAUUUCUUAUAUAUUCUAUAUUCUUUUUAAAUUACUUGAGAAGUAUUUAAAAGAAAAAAAACUAUUGUUUUAUUAUUUAAUAAUUGUGCUUAAGUUUUGAAAGAAUGGUGUUAAGCUAUAGAAACAUUUACAGUAUUAGAUUCACACUUUUUUAUUUUUACACUUUUACUGCGUUUAUAUAUAUAUGUAUAUGUCGAUUUCCAUUUUUUUUAAAAAGAGGCAAAUAGUUCAGAAAUAUUUUUUAUCCCCUUAAUUAAGUGAAUUGUACAUAGGAGAAUGAAUUUUCGAAAUUUUUCUUUCGGUCAGAACUGAAAUUUUGUAUAUUAUAUGUUGAGUGUUAUUAGUGGGAAAUUACUAUUUUUUGAAUUAAUCAAUUGUUAAUGUUAACAAUUGAAGCAAAUAAUUAUUACUUUUAUUUAAUUGAAGAUUAGGAAUUAAUUUUGAUGAGUUAAAGAAGAUAGAUUAAUUUCUAUGAAUUAAAUUCAUUCCAUAAUUAAUUAAUUUUUUUCAUUGAAAUUAAUUUUGUAAUCUUUAAUUAAUCAGAUAUGAUGAAUUGCUUUUUAAUUAAUUAUAAAAUGAUUAAUUAAUUUUUUUAAUUGAAUUUAAAAUAAGUUGGAAUUUUUUCUGUCGAUGCUGGUUAAGCGCAUAAAAUCAAAUGAGAGCAUUUUAUAUUUGUGUAUGAGUUUAGAGAGUUUUGGGUAACUGUUUAUUUUUUAUAAACUGUUUAGAAUAAGUUAAAUUAUUAUUAUUUGUUUCGUCGUAGAUAAAUUUUAUUGUUGUAUACUGCCAGAAUCAUCUUGAGAGAUUCCUGAAUAAGCCAUAUAGUAAUGAGUGAAAAAAAGUGAUUUCUGGCGAGAAUAUUUUGUGCUCUAAUUAACAUACUCGAGAAUAAAUGAUAGAUUAUUAUUAUUAUUAUAAAUAAUAAUUGUUAGAAAUAAGGCAAUAAGGGAAUCUAUUAAUAAAUUACAAAUUUUUAAGUAA